UGGGUACCAUAGAGUGAGACUGAGAACAGGAAGCGGAGGCAGAAUCAGAGAGGAUUCUGGAAAGGUCUCUGUGUUUUCUUUUCCACUGAGAAUACAGAAAUUAUAAUUAAUUAGUAAAGCUUUGUGGAUGGAAAUCUGGACUAUUUCAGGAGGAGACAUAUAUUAUUUUUGGAUGCUGGGCUUUGCAGUGAUUUGUCAUUCUCUUUCAAUCAGGUCAUUCUUAUGCAAGAGGCUAAAAGUCAUUAAAUUUGCAGGAUGAAAACAUGGCACAGGCACUGCUGGUACCACCAGGACCUGAAAGCUUCCGCUAUUUUACUAGAGAUUCCCUCGCAGCUAUUGAAAAGCGUUCUGCAGAAGAAAAAGCUAAAAAGCCCAAGCAAGAACAUACGGAUGAUGAUGAUGAAAAUGGUCCAAAACCAAACAGCGACUUGGAGGCAGGAAAGACACUGCCAUUUAUUUAUGGUGACAUACCUCCAGGAAUGGUAUCUGAACCUUUGGAAGACCUGGACCCAUAUUAUAUCAAUAAAAAAACUUUCAUAGUAUUGAAUAAGGGAAAGGCAAUUUUCCGAUUCAGUGCCACAUCUGCCUUGUACAUUUUAACUCCUUUUAAUCCCAUCAGAAAAAUUGCUAUCAAGAUUUUGGUACAUUCAUUAUUCAGCAUGCUUAUCAUGUGCACUAUUUUGACCAACUGUGUAUUUAUGACCAUGAGUAACCCUCCUGACUGGACAAAGAAUGUAGAGUACACUUUCACUGGAAUUUAUACCUUUGAAUCACUUAUCAAAAUUCUUGCAAGGGGCUUCUGCUUAGAAGGUUUUACUUUUCUUCGAGACCCAUGGAACUGGCUCGACUUCAGUGUCAUUCUAAUGGCGUAUGUAACAGAAUUUGUAAACCUAGGCAAUGUUUCAGCUCUUCGAACUUUCAGAGUAUUGAGAGCUUUGAAAACUAUUUCUGUAAUUCCAGGCCUAAAGACUAUUGUAGGAGCCCUAAUUCAGUCUGUGAAGAAGCUCUCAGAUGUUAUGAUCCUGACUGUGUUUUGUCUGAGUGUAUUUGCACUAAUAGGGCUGCAGCUGUUCAUGGGCAACUUGAGGAAUAAAUGCCUGCAGUGGCCUCCAGACAAUUCUACUUUUGAAAUAAACGUUAUUUCCUACUUUAAUAGCACAAUGGAUGAAAAUGGUACAUUUGUUAAUAUGACAGUGAGCACGUUUAACUGGAAGGAUUACAUUGAGGAUGAAACUCAUUUUUACAUUUUGGAAGGACAAAGAGAUGCUCUACUUUGUGGUAACAGCUCUGAUGCAGGGCAGUGUCCAGAGGGAUAUAUAUGUGUGAAAGCUGGUAGAAACCCCAAUUAUGGUUACACAAGUUUUGACACAUUCAGCUGGGCUUUUUUGUCACUCUUUCGGCUAAUGACUCAGGACUUCUGGGAAAACCUGUAUCAGCUGACACUACGUGCUGCUGGGAAGACAUACAUGAUAUUUUUUGUUCUGGUGAUUUUUCUGGGUUCUUUCUACCUGAUCAACUUGAUCCUGGCUGUGGUCGCCAUGGCCUACGAAGAGCAGAAUCAAGCAACCAUGGAAGAAGCAGAACAGAAAGAGGCAGAAUUUCAACAGAUGCUGGAACAACUGAAGAAGCAACAAGAAGAAGCUCAG